AUGGAGCUGCCGUUGCUGUUUCCGUUGUUCUGUGGAUCAACCGAUAGGACAUCACUGUACACUGUUGUAGUCGUUGUGAAGUACUUACAAGACGUCCACGCCGGUGUGAUGGUUGGGGCCAACGUCAUGGUGGCGGCAACAGCUAUGUGGCUUAUACUCUCUGCGACGAUGACAACGACUGUAUCAGUGAAAGCGAAGUUUCACCACCUGUUGUCCGAAAAUGAUCUUGAUUUUUACUUUGGAACACGCAAAAGUCGGGAAGUGCCGGAGUAUGAGAUCGUGCAUAUUGUAGGAAGUCGUCAGACAAGCACUGCCGGGAUCCCCCCGCUCCAACUCCAGUACCGUCUGAAGGCCUUAGGGGAGGAAUAUCACCUUCACCUUGAACGCAAUCAACACCUGGUGGCGCCAGGCUGCCUCAUGACCUUCACAGACGGGAAGGGUGGAGCGGUGGAGUCCCCGUGCCCCGGGGCAGGCGACGACUGUUACUACACGGGGACGUCAACCCUGCACAACGGUUCCACCGUUGCUCUCAGCACAUGUGUCGGCUUGGUGAGUUGUGGUACGGCGGAGCAGAUGACGCCCCGUCGUGUGCGGCGUCAGGCAGGGGGGCUGUUUCUGGAGAUGCUGUUGGUAGCAGAUAAGACCAUGCACGGUUACCAUGGCGAUGACCUGGUGAACUACAUGCUGACAGCGGCUAAUGUGGCGGCGGGGCGGUACCUGGACAGCAGCCUCGGUGUCCCCAUCCACGUCACCAUCAUCAGACUGAAGGUCCUGCAAGACGACGCAGAUGGCCUAAACAUCACCUCUGAUGCUGAUCACACCCUCAACAGCUUCUGUCAGUGGCAGGAAAAGUUUAACCCUCCUGAUGACACAGACCCCCGUCACGUGGACGCGGCCAGCCUUAUGACCAGGGAGAACCUGGUCCACAAAGGGGUGACGGAAACAACAGGCCUGGCGUCCUUGGGAGGAAUAUGUGUCAAGGACAUGAGGUGCUCAAUACUCGAGGACAACGGCCUUGACAUUGGCCUCACCUUAGCCCAUGAGACAGGUCACAGUCUGAACAUGCAGCAUGACAGUGAGGGCAACAUCUGCGACGACAAAACCAACAUCAUGUCGACAGGUGGAGGAGGGGGGACUGCUGCGUUCAAGUGGUCGUCUUGUAGUAAAGAUGCCCUCUUCAACUUUCUGUACGAGGGUAACGGAGCCUGUCUACUGGACUCGCCUUCAGCAGCCGAAAUUCACCUUCCCAAAGACCUCCCAGGAGUUAUCUACCCUGGUGACAAACAGUGCGAGUUGUUCCUGGGUCAAGGGUCAAAGAUCUGUGAGGGAACGUCAUUGGUAGAUGACUAUGGUGGGGACGAGUGCAGCAAGCUCGUCUGUUUUGACCCCAAUCUACCCGGACAAUGUACCGGCAGCCAGGCACCAAGGAUGGACGGCACGGAGUGUGGACACAGGAGGGUAGGCAUCCGUAAUAGACGGGAUAGUAUGGGCAGCUAUUUGAUUUGGACGCCUUCAACGUCACACCCUGUAAGCUGA